GGGGGACGUGAAGAAGAAAUGGAGCGUUACGUACACGAAGCAUCUCAAGCAGAAGCGAAAAGUUUAUCAAGAUGGAUUCUUAGAGCUUCAAUCCUCCAGCCACAAGUCAUCUGGGGCACAAAUAUAUAUAUGCAACUAUUAUGAGCUGCUUGCAAAUGAAACUACAGUAAGGAAAUGUAGCAUCUUAAGCAAAGAAGAUCCAACAAAAUAAGCAGUGAGUGCCAAUAGUAUUGGAAGCAGAAUGUAUAGAAGAUGUAAAGAAACGUGUUAACGGCGUGGAUUAUGGAUUACUUGAUGUGCUCACUACCUUUAAAUACUGGGUUCUUCUCAAGCUGCUAGAGUUAUAUUAGUGCUACUAUCAAAGAGGCUACAGGUAAUGCUCUAUGAUGAUUGUGAGAAGCUGUUAUGUGUUAAGAUUUUGAAGAACGAUAAUGAUGUCAAAACAGGCGAAACACUAGCAUUUGAUUCUUACCUUGUUGAUAUUGGUGAUCCUCACGGUGAUUACAAACCUAUAUCCGUAUUAAAUAGUACUAAACUGAUGAAAAAGGAAGUUGCUGAGGAAUCUGGGCUACGGCAUUCUGGAAAAAGAUCAGCUGCUGCUGAUAAUAGGAAAUCUAAUCUGGGGAAAAGGAUAGCAUUGGCAAGUACUCUAAGUCCAUCACAAAAGAUUAUCAGAGAGUUCAAGAAGAAUGAAGUACACAAAUAUAAUUCUUCUCCAAGUUCCCUUGACAUGACAAAGUCAAGCACAGAAGAAUGGCAGGUAUUGUACACAACACAAAUGACUCAAAAGGCAAAGAAGUUCCAUGAUGGAUUUUUACAACUUGUGAUGUCUAGUUCACAUUGCAAGCAGAUCAUGUUGUAUGAUGCAACCAGGAGACUCCUUGAUAGCAGAUUUCUGAGAAAGAGCGAGAGCAUCAUGUCUGGCAACUCGGUAACAUUUGAUGGUCACUUAGUGGAAAUAGGAGAAUGCGAGAAGGACCAAAAUCCUCGAAAGGACAUUAGUCCUCAAGGAAAACAUAUCAAGGAUCUUGUGAAAAGAGGACCAAUACGCGGGGAAGUCGCUGUCCACGAUAAGUUUUCCGCUGAAUGGGAUGUCAUGUAUACUACUCAAAUAACUCAGAGGGCAAAAAAGUACUGCAAUGGAAUCCUUAGGCUUUCAUCCUGUGGUUCCUACCAAUCUCAGGUUACUCUACUUACAGAAGACGGGAUCAUACUAUGCCGAAGAUUUCUCAAGUUAUCAGAACAUGUCACAACUGGAACUACACUGAAUCUGCCAAAUUACAUGGUUGAUGUUGGCGACAUAAGGACAAGUUCAGAAGGAAAACCUCAAAAUAAUGCUUCUUCCCAAGAGCACGUACAACCUGACAUUAAAUUAUCUGGACUCGAAAAAAUCAAAUUAAGUAGGAGAAUAUCCUCUAACAAGCCAACUCCACAUAGGGAACCUCAAAUUGGAGCUUCUUCACUGGAACAUGUGGAUUCAGAGACUUCAAGUGUUAACAACUCAACAAGUUGUCAGAUUUCCAAAACUAAAUCUGUUCGUGCAGCCCAUGAAAUCUUGUCCUUUCUUAGAAAACCAGUCACUCCGGAAGGUGCUGUCACAAUAAGGGACAUCACAUUUGCAGAUGAAUGCCAACUACUGCAGUCAUCAAGUCGUGCUUGCAGUGUUGUUAAGAGUCAAACAGAGGAACAUCUCUCUCAAGACUUCAAAGCUGAAGGUAGUUCACCAGAGCAUAGGGAAGAAGGAAUUAUCAUGGUGGAUAGCAACGACUGCAACAUCUCAGAGAUGAAAGUUACUGAUGCAUUCCGAUUGGACGGCAUAUCCCAAUUAUUGGAUUGUGCCAACCAAAGAGUAUCUAAUACUCAUUCACCAGGCUUGUCAGCAGGAGUAGCAGCAUCGGAGGUAUGGCUGUGUGAUAUAGAAUACCCUCUCACAGAGAGAUCCCCAAAUGCGAAGCAGAAGCAUUUGGCUAUUCCUGAGUCAGACUCUAAGGUUCAAGCAGUUGAAAUACUCUGCCUCGACAGGUCUAACAAAAUUUCAGAAAUCGAGAAAGUAUCUGAGUCAGUCUCUUACCAAGAUAAUCCUAGAGGCUCAAUGCCUGCAUCAACAGAUGUUUGCACCUUAACUAAUAUGUCCAACAAGCCUUCUGCGGAUAACAAGCAGAUCAAUACCCAACAGCAAGACGGAUUUUCUGGUGUGAUCAGUGAUGCUUCAAAUGAUUCGGCUCCACAGUUCCCUUGCAUUUCAACUAAGAUAAAACUUGAGCAUGACAUCAGUGCAAGCAAAAUAAAUGAUUUUCCGAGUUUUGAUCUUGGAUUUGACUAGGAUUAUUGUUAUUUCGUUCUUUCCAUGUAUCAGCAAAGUACCAUCUUCAAGGCUUUUCUAAUGGUCGUAAUUUCAUCACAAUUACUGUUUGAUUAGAGGGAAAACAGAGUUAAAGAUUUACUGAAAGAUUGAAGUUAACGACUUUGUGGAUAUUCUUGUUACUAGACUAGAUAAUUUUUGUGGGAAGUGAAGACAUGUGCAUAGAGCCAUAGACUACUCAGAUAAUAUACUUUUCAUUUUGAGUUCGAUAUGUUAUUGUACAUUCAAUUGCAAUAUUGUCAAUAUCUACAUGUAAUAUUACAUGAAAGUUUAAAAUGGUUGGUAAAUAUUCCCUCUA